UCGAUACAUUUGUUUUCGUUCUCAAACCCUCCUCAUCACACGAAGGAACCUUGGGUAAAACCCCGAGCUCUGGAAUUAUACACACUAAUCAUCUGUGUUGCUGCUUGCUAGCAGAUGGGUAACAAUAAGCAGAGGCGAUUCAAGAACCAUCGCGGCCAAACCAGCCGCAGCCAUCAACCUCUUUAUCCGCCCAGUAAUGAGGAGUCACUACCCGUUGAUUUAGGUGAAGAGGAGGAUAAAGAACGCCCUAGUGUUCAGCUUGCUAUGUGGGAUUUUGGUCAAUGUGAUGCAAAAAGAUGCACUGGACGCAAGCUUGCAAGAUUUGGUUUUUUGAAAGAAUUGCGUGUUAACAGUGGUUUUGGUGGCAUUGCUUUAAGUCCUGCUGGAUCACAUUGCAUCUCCAGAGAAGAUCAUGCAUUAAUUGAACGGAAGGGAUUAGCUGUUGUGGAUUGUUCAUGGGCACGCUUGGAUGAUGUACCUUUUGCAAAGCUACGUUGUGCUGCUCCUCGUCUUUUGCCAUGGUUGGUAGCAGCAAAUCCAGUAAAUUAUGGUCGACCUUGUGAACUAUCUUGUGUUGAGGCAUUAGCUGCUGGUUUAAUUAUCUGUGGUGAAGAGGAAAGUGCACAUUUAUUGCUGAACAAGUUCAAAUGGGGUCAUGCUUUCUUAUCCCUCAACAGAGAACUUUUGAAGGCAUACUCUGAAUGUAAGACCAGUGCAGAAAUUAUUUCAGCUCAAAAUGAAUGGCUCUCCAGGCAAAGACCGGUUCCACAAACUCUUACACAACCACAAGGAGAGAAUGCUGAAUCUCAUAAUGAUGAUGAAAAUUCUUCUAAUGAGUCUGACGAUGGACUUCCACCGCUCGAAAAGAAUAUGAAUCAUUUGAACUUUGUGGAUAGUGAUGAAGAGAGCGAAUAAGAUGCCAUUCCUCUGUCACCUGACAACACCAUAGAGAGUUUUUGCAAAGACUAAAGAUGCUGUAGUACACAAUAAGCCCCUUGUCACCCUGUAACAUUGCUGAUACUUGAGAGUCCUAAUUUUACAGUUUGUAUAUUGAUUAUGUGAAAACGUGAUGUCACAUUGCAUGUAGUUUUUAAUGGGUAGCUCAGAGGAUAUGUGUGCAUUUGUUAGUUUA